GCAGAACGGAACCAGAUGGCCUUCCUUGUGCAUCCUCAGCUCAUCAUCUUCCUGCUGGCGCUCCUGGCAUCCUGGCCCAAAGGCGCGGCAGCAGCAGAAGCUGCUGCUCUCCCAGUUCCAGAAGGACUUAUGUGGAAGCACAGCAAGCACGAUCCUAUGCCUGUCUACUCCAAAGUAAAUCCCACUGUUUUCAGUGAGGGUUAUACCCAGGCGCUGACAGACACAAGAAAGCGCGAGAAAGUCUUCGCUUUUCUCUCUGGGUUGGUGGACUGGGCAUCCCGCAUGAAUCAGGCACCCCUGUUGAGGCAGGAGAAGGUUGCGCCCAUGCCUCGAGAAGAAAGAGCCGCCUCUCUUCAGCCCUCCGUACGGGAAAAGGCACCCUGUAAGAAUUUCUUCUGGAAGACUUUCUCCUCUUGCUAACACGAAAUAGUUUCUUGGGAGUGCUCCAAGAACAGUCGGUGACUACCUUUUUCCUUUGGGAGAAAGCACUGUUGUGUAAUUAAAUUUCUCUUUCCCUUCUGUUGAUAUGUGUGCAUAAAAGGAACCAAAUCUAUAUAUACUCAUACCGAUUUCCUGACUUGUGCGUGGAUUUACCUGUAGGGCAUAUAUACUGGUGCCCCGUGUCUCUUUGUUAAGUCACAUAUAUAUACAUGUAUUUUAUUUACUAGGAAUGGAAGGUCUAAGAUUUAUGAGUUUCCAAUAAAUUACUCACAGCAGUGGGUUACAUAGCAUGUAA